UCGCCGUCCCUUCCCCUCGCCACCAAUCAGACAUCCCAAUCGAGAUAGUCACACAAUCGCACACCGCCAUUGCAGACGGGAGGAAUCCGAUGGGAGCGGAGUCAGAGUGCGACAGGAUAAAGGGCCCGUGGAGCCCUGAGGAGGACGAAGCGCUGCGGCGGCUGGUGGAGCGGCACGGGGCACGGAACUGGACGGCGAUCGGGCGGGGGAUCCCGGGGCGGUCGGGCAAGUCGUGCCGGCUGCGGUGGUGCAACCAGCUGUCGCCGCAGGUGGAGCGGCGCCCGUUCACGCCGGACGAGGACGCCGCGAUCCUGGCUGCGCACGCGCGGCUCGGCAAUCGGUGGGCCGCCAUCGCGCGACUUCUCCCCGGCCGCACCGACAACGCCGUGAAGAACCACUGGAACUCAUCGCUCAAGCGGAAGCUCGCCACCGCUACUGCUGGCAGCGGGGUGGAUCUCGUCGACGGCGGCGGCGAGGAAGAGCGGCCGUGCAAGCGCCCCAGCCCCGGGCCUGGGAGCCCGACUGGAUCAGACCGUAGUGAGCUCAGCCACGGCUGCGGCAGCGGCGGCGCGCAGGUCUUCCGUCCCGUCCCGCGCGCCGGCGGGUUUGACGCCAUCAGCGCCGCGGAUGUGCGUGCCCCGCCGCCCCCGCGGCGAGACGAGGACCCGCUCACCUCGCUCUCCCUCUCGCUGCCGGGCUUGGACCAGGGGUCGGGGUUCCACCACGACAGCGCCCGGAGCCACUUCCAGGAGCUCUCUUCCUCGGGCUCCCCGUCGCCACCAUCCCCACCCUCUCCCCCGCCGCAAGCGGCGCCGUCGCGGUCCCCGCCCUACCCGUUCAGCGGCGAGCUGGUGGCGGCGAUGCAGGAGAUGAUCCGGGCCGAGGUGCGCAAGUACAUGUCCGGCGCGGGGUUGCGCGCCGGGUGCGGGCCCGGCGCCAUCGGCGAGGCGUGCAUGCCGCAGCUGCUCGACGGCGUGAUCCGCGCCGCCGCCGAGAGGAUCGGCGUCAUCACCCGCCAAUAAAAAGAAUCAAAUCAAAUCAAUGCGAAGCAUUGUGUUGAUUAGGACUGCUGCUAUGCGUUAAUCAAUAUCCGAUCCUGUAGCGCUAGUCGUGUUAUGGCCUCUCUUGGCCCUUGUACUGACGAGCUCGCCGUUCAAUUCUUCAGCAUCUGCUCUGAAUUCGGAAAGAAA